AUGGGUGAUUACGGCAGCCGCGGAUACGGUGGUGGUUAUGGUGGUGGUGGUGGCGGCGGCGGCGGCGGCGGAGGCUAUGGCGGUGGAGGCUACGGUGGAGGAAGCUAUGGCGGAGGCGACCGCAUGGGUGGCCUCGGUGGUGGCCUCCGAUCCGUUGAUUGGGCCUCGCAAACGUUGACAAAGUUUGAAAAGAACUUUUACCGCGAGCACCCCAAGGUUUCUGCCCGCUCUGAUGCCGAGAUUGCGGACUUCCGUAAACAGAAAGAGAUGAAGGUUCAAGGGCGUGACAUUCCCCGCCCGGUGACGACCUUUGAGGAGGCUGGUUUCCCAGACUACAUUCUCACUACUAUCAAAAUGCAAGGCUUUACUUCUCCUAGUCCUAUCCAGUGCCAGGCCUGGCCUAUGGCGCUUAGUGGACGUGAUGUCGUCGCCAUUGCCCAGACCGGGUCCGGAAAGACCAUCUCGUUUGCUCUUCCCGCUAUGCUUCACAUCAACGCCCAGCCUCUUCUCAGCCCCGGAGACGGCCCCAUUGCGCUUGUCCUUGCUCCCACUCGUGAACUCGCUGUUCAGAUCCAGCAAGAGUGCACCAAGUUUGGAUCCAACUCGCGUAUUCGUAAUACUGCCAUUUACGGAGGCGCUCCAAAGGGUCCUCAAAUUCGUGACCUUCAACGAGGAGUAGAGAUUGUCAUUGCUACCCCCGGUCGUUUAAUUGAUAUGCUCGAGACUGGCAAGACCAAUUUGCGCCGCAUCACCUACCUUGUCAUGGACGAAGCCGACCGCAUGCUUGACAUGGGUUUCGAGCCCCAGAUCCGAAAGAUUGUUGGCCAAAUCAGACCUGAUCGUCAAACGCUCAUGUUCAGCGCAACAUGGCCCAAGGAUGUCCAAAAGCUCGCCUCCGAUUUCUUGACCGACUUUAUGCAAGUCAACAUCGGCUCGAUGGAACUCACCGCGAACCAUAACAUCAAGCAGAACGUCGAGAUCUGUACCGAUUUCGAGAAGCGCAGCAAGCUCAUCAAGCACCUUGACCAGAUCAGCAGCGAAAAUGCCAAGGUCUUGAUCUUUGUAGGCACUAAGCGAGUUGCGGACGAUAUCACCAAGUACUUGAGACAAGAUGGCUGGCCCGCACUCGCCAUUCACGGUGAUAAAGAACAACGCGAGCGUGACUGGGUGCUAGGCGAGUUCAAGAGUGGACGUUCGCCAAUUUUGAUCGCUACGGAUGUAGCGAGUCGUGGUCUCGCCACGCAGCUCUGGGAUGUGUCCUGGAGUGUUGCGGCUUUGGGACUGUUCCCAGAGUUGGUAGCCACGGGACUCGUCCCAGAGCUGUUGUCGGGAGUCCCGACGAGAUUCGUUCUCGUCGAGCCCACCCAUCUCUUUGCACAGGCCAUUCGAGAUAUUGUAUCUGACGUCAAGGAUGUUGGAUACGUCAUUAACUAUGACUUCCCUAACAACUGCGAAGACUAUAUUCAUCGUAUCGGUCGUACAGGGCGCGCUGGCCAAAAGGGUGUCUCAUUCACUUACUUUACCACAGAGAACGCUAAGCAAGCGCGCGAAUUGAUCACAAUCUUGCGCGAAGCCAAGGCUGAUAUUCCUUCGCAACUCGAGGAGAUGGCCAUGUACGGCGGCGGAGGUGGAGGACGUGGGCGCUACGGUGGCGGAGGAGGACGUGGUGGAGGCCGAGGUGGCCGUGAUGGUGGUUAUGGCGGACGCGACAAUGGCUACGGAAAUCGUGAAGGCGGUUACGGCAGCCGUGAUCGCGACUCACACGGCGGGGGUCGUGGGGGUGGGCGCGGUGGAGGAUAUGGCGGCGGUGACAGCCGAUGGUGA